AUGCAGGGCUGCACGGUGGGGAGCAGGGUUCCUCUGGGCCUGCUUCUUCUGAUCUGUCUUCAUCUCCCAGGCUUCUUUGCCCGAAGCAUUGGUGCCAUGGAGGAGAAAGUUCUCCAACACCUGGGCGCCAGCUUGCCUCUGCUUGAACAACCUUCCUUGCCCAGCCACUCCAACUCUGAACUUCCUCAGCCCAAACCAGACCCUGGGCCAAAUGAUUUAACAAGGGUUCCUUUGAAGCCCAAUGCUACUCCGUCAGCUGGCUUCCAACCUGCAGGUGGUUCUGGGGUUCAGAGAUGGCCCCCAACUGAGGGGCUGCCCUCCCUGGAUUCCUGGGCCUCUGAAGAUCCUUGGCAGAUGAUGGCUGCUGCCGCUGAGGACCACGUGGGGGACGUGCUGCCUGAAAAGUGGUCUUACCUUUCUGGUGCUGUCGCCCUCCCUCUGGGCAGCAGUCCUUUGCCUGCAGGGCCCUCUGCACGAUCCACAAGCCCCAUACCUGAGGCUGCACUCCUCUACCAGGACUCCAAGUCUAGACGGUCGCCUCCUUCUAAUGUGCUGGGAGCGCAGAGAGAAAUCCUUGUCCAAUACCCACCCUCUUUUAUUAACAGGAUGCAGCAGCCACUUCUGCCUGGACACCCCUGGGGAACCCUGAAUCCAGGAGUGUCCUGGGGAGGUGGAGGUCCUGGAACUGGAUGGGGAAUGAGGCCCAUGCCACACCCUGUGGGAAUCUGGGGUAUCAAUAAUCAAUACGCAAGUACUAGCUGGGGGGAUAUUAACCGGUAUCCAGGAGGCAGCUGGGGGAAUAUUCACCUACGCCGGCCUCCCCAAUCCUCCAAACCCUGGGUCACAGUGGGGUUAGGAGAAUGA